AUGGGUCAGAGCAUGUCGUGGUUCUCCAGCCUUCUGUGGGCAAAGAAGGAAAUAAGAAUAUUGAUCCUUGGUCUUGAUAACGCCGGCAAGACGACACUGCUAUACAGGUUAAAGAUCGGAGAGGUGGUGACGACGAUACCUACCAUCGGCUUCAACGUCGAGUCUGUGACGUACAAGAACCUGAAUUUCAACGUCUGGGAUCUGGGUGGUCAGACCUCUAUCCGACCGUACUGGAGGUGCUACUACGCCAACACGGCGGCGGUCAUCUUUGUUGUCGACUCGACCGAUAUCGAACGUCUCCACACGGCGGCAGAGGAACUGUCGGCGAUGCUGAACGAGGAGGAGCUCAAGGACGCGGCGCUGCUCGUCUUCGCCAACAAGCAGGACCAGCCGGGAGCCAAGGGCGCAGCAGAUAUCUCGCAGGCCCUGCGGCUAGGCGAGCUCAGGGACAGGAACUGGAGCAUCAUGGCCUGUUCAGCCGUGGACGGCAGCGGCGUGAACGAGGGCAUGGACUGGCUUGUGUCGACCGUGCAACAAGAAUGA